UUCACCUACCAAAUUUCUCCUCCACAGUUAACAACAAUACAUAACACACCCACACAAAACUUUCGAAAUGAUUCUUGAGUCCUUAUUAUUCGAAUUUCGUCGUCGAAUUUUCGACUUGGAAGAAAACGAAAAGAGAAAGAAAAGAAAAUGCUCGUGCCAAGCCUAGUCGAGAGGCUUCGACCUCUCGUCGGGCUCAAGGGCUGGGACUACAUUGUCUUGUGGAAGCUCGGCAACGGCCACAGGUGUAUUGAAUGGAUAGAGUGCUGUUGCGCGGGAAGCGAUGGUGUUGGCGACGAGCUUAUUGGCUUCCCAUCUUCUUCUUCUUCGCGCCAUCCUUGCCGCGAUGUAAUGUUCCCACACGCGAGAAUGGCGUCGUGCGAUUUAUUGGACCAGCUUCCGUCGACGGUUUCGCUACUCGAUUCCGGACUUUACGCACAGCCUCUGCUGUCGAACCAAAUUUCGUGGCUCAACUAUUCUCACAACUCCGAGUUAUGUCUAUCCAAAGAAACUGUCGGGACUCGAGUCUUGAUCCCGUUGUCUCUGUCUCUUGGGCUGCUUGAAUUGUUUGUCGCCAAACAGGUGGGUGAGGAUCAACAAGUUGUAGAGUUCAUCAAGGCACAGUGCAACAUUUUCAUGGAUCAGCAAAGUAUGAGCAACUCCGACGACUCCUUCCAGCAGCAGAUGUUCGCGGAUUCAUCGUCAAAAGACAAUCUCCUUCACGAUCUGCCUCAAGAAAUCUCUGUCGACCGGAUCCAUCUCUGCGCGUCGCCCCUGCAGCAGCAGCAGUUGAGCAACACGUUGGACGCCAGCAUGAACAACAACAAUAGCAACAAUGGCGGCGACAUGUUUUUGGAAGGCGCCAUGGGGUAUGACUCGAACAAUAUUUUCACACCGUCGAUGGAGGUGGAGACAGGUCGGGGAAGUAGUAUGAUGUCGAGGCUGAAUGCGGUGGAAGAGCAGAUGAACAAUGAGGAUUCGUUCUUGUGCGAGAACAACCGGUCGGAUGAGUCCGAUCCUAACGACGAUGAGGAGGACGCCAAGUAUCGAAGGAGGACGGGGAAAGGGCCUCAGUCGAAGAACCUGGUGGCCGAGAGGAAGAGGAGAAAGAAACUCAACGACAGGCUUUACUCCCUUAGAGCUCUUGUUCCCAAAAUCUCCAAGCUGGAUAGAGCGUCGAUUCUGGGAGACGCGAUCGACUACGUGAAGGAGCUGCUGAAGCAAGUUAACGACUUGCAAACGGAGCUGGAAGAGGACGAGCAGUCCGAUCAGGAUCAGGAUCAUAAUCAGAAUCAGAACCCGAACGACAAUGAGACAUUAAGGCAAGACGACGACAAGGCUGAAAAUGCAUGCACUCUUCUUCUUAAGCGCCAACAUAACAAUCGACUCAACCUCAACCACAACAACAACCUCAAAGCUUCGUCGUCCUCGGCCAAUGCUAACAUUUCUAAGCAGCAACAGCUGGAUGGCUCCAGCGACAAAGUGCAGCAACAACAAAUGGAGCCGCAAGUGGAAGUGUUCCAGCUGGAGGGGAACGAGUUCUUCGUGAAGGUCUUCUGCGAGCACAAAAGUGGGGGGUUUGUGAGGCUGAUGGAAGCCCUCAACUCUUUGGGAUUGGAAGUAACGAAUGUCAAUGCCACAAGGCAUACAUGUCUGGUUUCCACCAUCUUCAAAGUUGAGAGAAAGAAUGACGAUAUGGUUCAAGCGGACCAUGUUAAGGAAUCUUUGCUGGAGCUGACGCGGAAUCCUUCUAGAAUCUGGGAAGAUAAUACUGCUGCUGCUACUACUACUAAUAAUGAAUCUGAAAGCAUCGGCGGCUGUAAUAACAAUAAUAACAAGAAGAAGAAGAGAGAUCAGGACUAUCAUCGCACCAUCCACCAUUACUCUUUACUCUGAGAUCAACCCUCGCCACGUGGCCACCACCGGGACACAGACACAACAUUAAUUAGAAGAUACAUUAAUAAUAAUAAUAAUAAUAAUUAUUAUUAUAUAAUAUGAAAAGAAAAAGGAGUUUACUGAUGAUAUAUAUAUAUAUAUAUGUUUCUUGU